AGAGAUUCCGAGUCUCAACAUGAUAUCAUAGAUCUGGCUGUAACAAAUCACCCGCUCGUUUACUUGCGUUGCCUUUCCUUGUCUUGGCUUACCUAGUUACCUUACUCCCUGGGUUACUCCGAUCCAAAUUCCAUACAAAACCACCACCAACGAAAUCCCGGGACUCAAACCUUCCGUCUUCCGCCAGAUCAAGGGCCGCGAUUCACUUCCUCCCUCUGCCAUGAGUUCUCCGGCAGUUUCAGUAGGAACAAGCGCAUUCGGCGGAUUUACAAGGCUAUGCAAGGGUCUCGCGGUGGUGCUUUUCGUUGGACACGUUCUGGUUCAGCUUUUACCUUCAGCAGUUUCUUACCUCGCUCUCAUUCCCGCCAGGACGAUUCCUUUUGCUUGGAAUCUCAUAACAGCCGGUUAUAUUGAGCAGUCAAUAUAUGGGGUUGUUAUCAGCAUUCUUGGCCUUCUUUUCAUGGGGAAGUUGCUUGAACCAAUAUGGGGUUCCAAGGAGUUUCUGAAGUUCAUCUUUAUUCUUAACUUUCUAACUUCUGUAUGUGUUUUUAUCACUGCUAUUGCCUUGUACUACGUAACAAGGCAAGAAGAUUACCUUUAUAUGCCUCUUUCUGGUUUCCAUGGAGUUCUAUCAGGCUUCUUAGUUGGUGUCAAGCAAAUUGUACCUGAUCAAGAGCUGCCUUUAUUGCGAAUUAAAGCAAAGUUGCUUCCAUCACUUAUGCUAUUAAUUGCCAUUGCCAUAAGCUUCUUUACACCUGAGUCAGCAACAUAUCUGCCAACUUUGAUAUUUGGUACUUAUAUUGGCUGGCUCUACCUUAGAUACCUACAGAGGAAACCAGAAACAAAGCUUAGGGGUGAUCCAAGUGAAGAUUUUGCAUUCUCUACUUUCUUCCCUGAAAUUCUUAGACCUGUCAUUGAUCCCAUUGCUUCAAUAUUUCAUCGGAUGCUUUGUGGAAGAUCUGAGGCUUCUGCAGAAGCUCAUGGUUACACCUUGGGAGGUGCACCAUUACCUGGCUCUGACCCCAUUGAGGCAUCUAGAAGGAGAGAAAGAGGGGCGAGGGCAUUGGAGGAGAGAUUGGCAGCUGAGAGGUUGGCUGCUGUACAAGGUGCAGAAGAGUCUAAGAAAGAUGGCGAUGACAACGUUUGACUCAGACCUUCAACAUCCAUUCCAGAAGAUUUAUUGACGACUAUCAGAGGGUAUGCGGUGUUUGGUGCAAAAUCCUUUUUGUGGACUCGGUUGACAGUUUUGUUAUCUUAUUAUGUGGAUUAUGAUCCUCAUGGUACAGUGAAGUUGCUUCCCUCUUAUUUUUUCUCUUUCCUUUGAAUUCUUGUCUUGCAUCUUCUGAACAAUUAUUCAUCCCUUCCUGCCUUUACGCACUAUAGAAAUAGGUUAGAAAUGUGAAAAAUUUGGAAGCUUCGGAUAUCUUACCUUUGUACCAAAAUAUAAUCAAAAUCCUCUUUUUCUGUUCCUUCUCUGGUGUUCAAUGAUGAUGGAAAUCAAAACCAACACAAAGCAGACCACAGCAACCGCCCAUGUCGGAGUUUCCUCCAUGGUACGCUCCUUAGCUAACACCGCCAUGAAAACUUACUUGAUCAGCUUCAAUUUUCCCUGUUCUGCUAUGUUUCUCAGACAACUUGAUGGAAAGAAUUGGAAUUAGGGCAAGGUAAAGAUGAUGAGACAGGGUAUAGUAAUUAAUGGUCCUACAAGUU